AUGGCGGCCGAAAUAUCAACGAGACAAGUCGACAAGUUCAACGGAACGAACUUCCGCUUGUGGAAAUUUCAACUGCAGAACUUGUUCGUCGCAAACGGGAUCGAUGGUGUAGUCACCGGUGAUCGGGUAAAGCCUGAGGACCUCACGACAGCCGAUGGAAAGGCCUGGGUCAAGGAGGACGCCAAGGCAAAGUUCGUCAUGUCGUCGACGAUGGACCAGGAGCAGAUCGAUCACGUCCUGACCUGCACAACCGCCAAAGAGAUGUGGGACAGGCUCGUCACCAUACACGAGCAAAAUUCAGCGACACACAAGCUGUUGCUCAUUCAACGGUUCCAUGAAUACCGGAUGGACUCGGGAGAUUCAGUUGCCGCGCAUGUGACGAAGGUCACCAAUAUGGCACGACAGCUGAAGGACCUGGACGAAGGAGUCACCGAAGUCAUGAUAAUAGCUAAAAUACUAGCAGGUUUGCCGACAAAAUUUCGAGGCUUUCGAAGUGCCUGGAACAGCGUGGAUCCAACAAGGCAAACAGUGGAGUAUCUGCAACAGCGUCUCUUGGAAGAAGAAUCGCUCAUGGAAGCCGACGGUGAAGAGAAAAACGCGCUCUCGGCAACAAUUAGAAAGAGCGACAAGAAGGACACCGGGGAAAAGAGCAAAAGAGGGCCACGUUUGAAGUCAUCAAGGAAGAACAUGGGGAACGCAACAAGAUUACCAGCCCUUAAUUACAAAAAACUAAAAAACAGAAAGCCGAUGGUCAAGACAAAUUUGACCGUUUUUUCAGUCAGCCUGGACGAUCUGUCAACCGGUGUGGGUGUAUUAAAGUCCGACAUUACAAAUAUAAGGGAUACCAUCAUGGUAGGGUAUCAGGAGGUAGUAGCCAAUCAGCUGGACGAUCUGUCAACCGGUGUGGGUGUAUUAAAGUCCGACAUUACAAAUAUAAGGGAUACCAUCAUGGUAGGGUAUCAGGAGGUGCGUCGCAAGAGUGAGAUAACAAAUAAUUUAGUUCUUCAAGGAUUGAAAACGAAAUCAGGCAAUUGUCCAGAGGUGAUUCACAACCUCAUACACCAGAAACUGAAACUUAAUGUUGAUUUAGCUGAGAUUACAUGA